AUGUACAACACUCACCGCGGGAUGGUGCCCGCCCCCAACUCCCGCCUGACGGAGUUGCUCGACCAACUGCGCCAGGAGUUUGAGAGCCAGUCUCGGAGCACCGGCGAAUAUGAACACCAGUUAACCGGACAGCUCCAGGAGAUGGAGAUGAUCCGUCAGAAGGUAUACCAGCUGGAGCAGACUCAGAUCAAAAUGAAGGCAGACUACGAGGCUGAAAUCCGAAUGUUGCGACAUGAACUCGAGCAGCGCGGCGUGCAACCGGAUCAGCAGCCUCCCCAGCAUACCCUUCAACAGCCUGCCUCGGCCGCCCAGCCUGGUGCGCCGCAGCCCCCGCAGAGCUUCCCUGGAGGAUAUCAGCCUGGCGCUGCUGUGAACGGCUACGGACCUCCCCCUCCUCCUACUGCAUCCCCUGGCCCGACUAAGAAUCGUCGCACUGCCCCGGGUCCGGCCACCCCUCAGCAGACUCAGAUCGCCUAUCCGGAUCCUCGCGCCUCGCCCCAGAUCCCUCGCCCUACUCCCCCCAGCCAGUCCAUUGUGCGCGCUGAUCGCCCAGGUAACAUGCUUGCCAACUGGGACCCUGCGGAUCUUCCCGCGUCGCAAAAGCGCGAGGGUUCUGAUUGGUAUGCCGUGUUCAACCCGGAGGUUCAGCGUGUGUUGGACGUUGAUCUGGUGCACCAUCUCAACCACGACAGCGUGGUCUGCUGUGUUCGAUUCAGCCGUGAUGGCAAGUACCUGGCGACGGGCUGCAACCGCUCAGCACAGAUCUUCGAUGUGACCACUGGUCAGAAUGUGGCCACCCUGCAGGAUGAGAAUGUUGACAAGGAUGGUGACCUUUACAUCCGCAGUGUUUGCUUCAGUCCGGAUGGCAAGUACUUGGCCACCGGUGCUGAGGACAAGCAGAUUCGGGUUUGGGAUAUUGCUGCACGCACCAUCAAGCAUAUCUUCAGCGGUCACGAGCAGGAUAUCUACUCCCUGGACUUUGCUGGCAACGGUCGCUACAUUGCCUCGGGCAGUGGUGACAAGACUGUCCGUCUGUGGGAUAUCCUGGAUGGCAAGCUCGUCUACACCUUGAGCAUCGAGGACGGCGUCACUACCGUGGCUAUGUCCCCCGAUGGCCACUACGUGGCAGCCGGUUCGCUGGACAAGAGUGUGCGAGUGUGGGAUACCACCACUGGCUACUUGGUGGAACGUCUGGAGAACCCCGACGGCCACAAGGACAGCGUGUACUCGGUUGCCUUUGCGCCCAACGGUCGCGACCUGGUUAGCGGUAGUCUGGACAAGACUAUCAAGUUGUGGGAGCUUACCGUCCCGCGGGGCAUGCACCCUCACAGCGGCGUCAAGGGCGGCAAGUGCAUUCGCACUUUCGAGGGCCACAAGGACUUUGUGCUUAGCGUGUGCCUGACGCCCGAUGGCCAGUGGGUCAUGAGUGGCUCGAAGGACCGUGGGGUCCAAUUCUGGGAUCCCGUUACUGGAAACGCGCAGAUGAUGCUGCAGGGCCACAAGAACUCUGUCAUCUCGGUGGCCCCCGCCCCGACCGGUAACCUCUUCGCAACUGGCAGUGGAGACAUGCGUGCACGGAUCUGGAGAUACUCGACGUACACAGGACGGUAA